AUGAGUGAAAAUGUUCUUUUUCUCCAAAUAGAGAAGCUGAAAAAAGAUUUUAAAGAAAAGGAAAAUCUGAAAAGUGAUUCUCUUAACAAUCUCAGCAUCCACCUACCUUUGGAAAAUCUGCAGAUGCCGUUAGUGUACGAGAAUCUCAAAUUGAAAAGCACUGUCUUUGCCCAACCUAAAGAAGCAAGCGUCUUGCCGUUAUUUUGGAGAGCACAGAAGAAGAACAUCUCAGAAGUGGAAACUCAUCCUUUGAUUUUUAACACAAGAAAAAUAGAGGAAAUUUUCAUCAACGAGCUUCCUGAAAAUAAAUCCAGACCCUUCUACUCAGGAGAGAGGAGGUCCAGUUCCACCAAGCCAGCCUCUUCUCAGGAGCACUUUGCCAACAUCUCAGAAGCUCCCUCUGCGUGUGGCAAGAUUGCUCUCUGCCUGGGAAGUGCCCAGGUCUCGCUGAACUCACAACUGUUUCAGUAUCCACCUGGAGGUUCUAGAACCAUGAAGUGGGGUCCGCCGCCCUCCGAGAUCUCACACCUCAAGCUCUUUCCAUUCCUGGUGCUGGUUUAUUUUGCCUGCUGCUCUUUGGGCACCCCCCAGGUGAACAAGACCGUGAACGAUAUUGCAAUUCUGCCCUGCGGUUACAACAUUUCCACUCUUGAACUGGCAAAAAUGCGUAUCUACUGGCAAAAGCAAAAUGACAUGGUGCUGUCUGUCAUAAACGGGCAAACAAAGGUGUGGAAGAAGUAUGAGAAUCGCACCAUCCCUGACUUCAGCAAUAACCAUUCCAUUGCCAUCUUGGGUCUCCGCCUGUCUGACAACGGCACCUACACCUGCAUCAUUCAGAAGCUGAACCAAGUGUCAUACGAAGUGAAACAUCGGGCCAACGUGAAACUACUGGUCAAAGCCUACUUUCACGUGCCCAUUAUAAUUGACCUUGGAAAUCCAUCUCCAAAGAUCAAAAGGAUACAGUGCUCGACCUCUGGGGGCUUUCCAGAACCCCACCUCUCCUGGGUGGAAAAUGGAGAAGAGUUAACUGUUGCCAACACAACCGUUUCUCAAGACCCCGAAACUGAGCUCUACACCAUUAGCAGUGAGCUGGAUUUCAAUGCGACCAACAGCCACAGUUUCAUGUGUCUGGUCAAGUACGGAAACUUGCAAGUGUCACAGAACUUCACCUGGCAAAUAAGUAAGUGA